AGAUCGAGGCCAUUCUCUCUCUCUCCGGUUAAGUUGUCGGAGGCUAUAUUAGGUGAUCAUCGAUCGAAGGUGGCUGAAAGGAAGAUUCAUCAACACAACACAACACAACACAACAUACCGAAAGAGAGAGCGAGAGAGAUGACCACCCAUAUUCCCUUGCUCUUCCUCGUCUGCUCCAGCUUCUUACUUCCUCUCAUCAAUGGUGGAGCCUUGCCACUUUGCACGGACUCGAGGGUGCCAGUGGUGCUGAAUGCCACACUCAAGUUCUGCCAGUAUGAGGGCGUCGGCUGCUGCGACGCCGCGGCCGACGCCGCGCUGCAGGAGCAGUUCGAGGCUAUGGCUGUGAAGCCGGGCGGCGCAUGCGCCCGUCAAGUCAAGUCCAUCCUCUGUUCGAAAUGCAAUCCUUUCUCGGCUGAUCUGUUUGGCACUGGGUCUACCGCGCGUAGAGUUCCUCUCUUGUGUAGCUCUUCCUCGGCGCCAAAUUAUUCUCAACUAGAGGACCCCAAAGGGGGCUAUUGUGAGCAAGUUUGGGAAGAUUGCAAAAGCGCAUCAAUAUCCAACUCCCCUUUUCAGCCAAGAAAUGCUGCACUUACUGGUUCAGCUUCCAUGCUUACUGAUUUUUGGCAAUCAGAAAAUGACUUUUGUGCGUCGUUUUCCGGUACACCAAACAACCAGACAGUAUGCUUCAAUGGGCUUGGGGUCUCAUUAAACACUAGGAGUUCACCAUCUCCUACUGGGAUUUGUCUUGAGAAGAUUGAUAAUGGAUCCUACAUUAACAUGGUUUCUCACCCUGAUGGGUCCAGCAAAGCCUUCUUCUCCAGUCAACAUGGGAAGAUAUGGUUGACUACAAUUCCUGAAAAAGGAAUGCAAGACGGUCUGCAAAUUGAUGAGACAAGCCCAUUUCUUGAUCUCACGACCGAAGGUCACCUCAAUUCAGACCUUGGACUUGUGGGUGUAGCGUUUCAUCCGGAUUUUGCAAACAAUGGGCGUUUCUUUGUUUCAUACGUUUGUGAUGGAGCUCAGUCACCCAAGUGUGCUGGUAGGUGUUCGUGUGAUCAUGAAGUGGAGUGUGAUCUCUCAAAGCUCGGAUCUGAUAAUAAUGGUGCACACCCUUGCCAAUACCAUCUAGUUAUCUCAGAGUAUGCUGCUAAAGGUUUACCAUCAAGCUUUUCUGAGGCAACAUAUGCCGAUCCAUCAGAAGUCAGAAGGAUAUUUUCAAUGGGGCUGCCAUACGUUUCUAACCAUGCUGGUCAGCUCCUUUUUGGACCUACCGAUGGAUACCUAUACUUUUUCACGGGAAAUGGUGGGAUAAAAGGCGACCCUUUUAACUUAUCCCAGAAUAAAAAGUCACUCUUGGGAAAAAUCAUGAGGCUCAACAUUGAUGAACUUCCAGAGCUGAAUGAAGUUGCUAAUCUAAGCUUGUGGGGUAAUUAUACAAUACCAAAGGACAAUCCCAAUGCUGAUGAUAGCAACUUACGACCAGAGAUUUGGGCAUUGGGUCUUGAAAACCCAUGGAGAUGCAACUUCGACUCUGGGAGGCCUUUCCACUUGUACUGUGCAGAUGAUAUCCAGGACCAGUACAAAGUGGUAGAUUUGAUAUCCAAGGGGGGCAACUAUGGGUGGCGUGGAGUGUAUGAGGACCAGCAUGUUGGCUAUCCGCCAUGGGCUCCUCAAAUAACCAAACCUACAGAAGGCAUCAUUUUUCCCAUAAUGGGCUAUACGGUUUCUUCUAUCCCUGAGAAGAUGGAAUCUGCAUCAAUAGUUGGUGGGUAUGUGUACCGCGGGUCUGCUGAUCCUUACUUGUAUGGAAGGUAUUUAUUUGCUGACAAGUACACAUCUACCAUGUGGACCGGCAGUGAUGGUGGUGGUACCUCUACGUCCACUCCAUUGAGGUGUUCCGAAAAGACGCCAAUUCCCUGCAAGGACUCCAGCAACGGUCCUCUUGGCCCUAUAUUUUCGUUUGGCGAGGAUAAAAAUCUAGACGUCUUCAUCUUGACCAGCGAAGGCAUCUACCGUAUUGUCCAGCCUUCCCUGUGCGGCUAUGCUCAUCCAAAUUCUGCAACGACGGACGGAGUGACACCUUCUAGUGGCAGCGAUGGGAUGCCAGCAUCGGUGAAAGUGGUGCUGAGUGUGUUAUCGGCUUUGAUCGGUUUGUCUGGCUUGGCAGUUUGGAGGUGUUACUGCAAAAACACAGCCUUGUGCUGCAAUAGGAAUGCACAGGUGACCAAUAGCACCAUCCACAUAGAUAGUGGUUCAACCGUGAAUAUCCAGAUGACCGAUAAUAAGAUUAUCCGUCGCUCAGCCAAAUCAGGUCAACUGCAGAAGGUUAAGCCUGAAGAGCAUCGUGGUCGAUAGAUAGAUACUCUGUUUACGGUCUCCAUUCUAUUUUAUUUAUGCGUGAGAAACAUUUGAAGA